AUGGUUUUUUCAAUGGCAACACAAUGCACUGUUGGAUACGGCCAUAUGUUUGUUAGUUCAAACUGUCCUCUUUCAGGCAUAGUUCUCUUAUUGCAAACACUGAUUGGAAUUUGUUUGGAAUCUUUGGCUUUUGGACUUGCAUUCAAAAAAAUAUCCAAUCCGCUUUCAAGGCAAAAAACUUGGAUUUUUACAAAAAAUGCGGUUGUUUGUAAAAGGAAUCAAUCAAAAUAUUUUAUUUGUCGAAUUCUUAAUAUCCAAAAGUCUCAAAUUAUAGCUUCUAAUGUUAAAAUGUGUCUCAUUUGUUCUCGAAUUACUGCCGAAGGGGAAAUGAUUCCUUUUCACUCUAAACGUCUUGCAACCAAUUUUGAUUCAAGUUCUCCUGACUCUGGCUGGCCAAUAACGGUCUCUCACAUGAUAGACGAAAACAGCCCUCUUUACAAAUACGACCAAUCAAAGUUCAUUGCUGAUGGAUGUGAGAUUAUCGUCACAGUGACAGGAGUCAGUGAAUCGUCUGGUUAUUCCGUGAAAUCACGGACUUCUUACCAUUCAACUGAGGUCCUCUGGGAUCAUAGAUUCUCGAAUAUAUUCUCUCUUAGUGGAGUUGAUUGGCAUGCCGACGUAGAGCAUUUUGAGAAAACAAUUCCUCAAAUUGAACCAAAGCUAACUCAAUAUUAA